ACAUCAAAGUAUAUAACUUGAAGAUAGUAGCGGAAAGAAUCAUUAUAAUUAAAACCGUUUGAGAUAGUUCUCGUAUACAUACGAUUGAGAUAAUGCCGUUUCCAAGUAAAAGUGGUUUAAAAAUUACACAAAUUGACGUUAAAGAUGUGAGGUUCCCGACUUCUCUUGGAGGACAUGGAUCAGACGCACUGCACACAGACCCCAACUACUCGUGCGCAUACGUGACCACGACUACGGAGGGCGGCAGGCAGGGCUUCGGGCUGACGUUCACGUGCGGCCGUGGGACCGAGAUCAUCGUGCUCACAAUACGCUCCAUGAAGAAGUUCGUCGUGGGUCGCAACGCGGCUGACAUCUUCGCCGACUUCGCUGGCUUUUGGCGGCAGAUCACUAACGACUCGCAAAUGCGAUGGCUCGGCCCUGAAAAAGGAGUUGUACAUCUAGCCGUGGCAGCCAUAUUGAAUUCUUUAUGGGAUUUGUGGGCCCGACUUGAAAACAAACCUUUGUGGAGACUGUUGGUCGAUUUAACGCCUGAGGAAUUGGUAUCAACUAUCGACUUUCGUUACAUAACCGAUGUGAUAACUAAAGAUGAGGCGGUUCAGUUGUUAAAAAGUAAACUGCCUCGUAAAGAAGAGAGAGUUAAGGAAUUGGCGGCGAAAGGAUAUCCAGCGUACACGACGCAAGUUGGCUGGAUGGGUUACAGCGACGAGCUUGUAAAAGAGUUAUGUGCGAAGUAUUUAGGACUCGGAUUCAAACAUUUUAAAGUUAAAGUGGGGCUCAACCUGAAAGACGACCUUCGAAGAUGUACAGCAGUACGCAAAUAUAUCGGCGAAGACAAAACCUUGAUGGUAGACGCAAACCAAGCCUGGAGCGUGGGAGAAGCAGUCGAGUGGAUGAAGAAACUAGCUCACUUGAAACCGCUGUGGAUAGAGGAGCCUACUUCACCAGAUGACGUGUUAGGUCAUGCUGCUAUAUCAAAGGCAUUGAAGCCAUACGGAAUUGGUGUAGCUACAGGCGAGAUGUGUGCAAAUCGCGUGAUGUUCAAACAGUUCCUGCAAAGCGGAGGCAUGCAGUACUGUCAGAUAGACUCCGCUCGUAUAGGCAGCGUCAACGAGAUCCUCUCUGUUUAUCUCAUGGCCGAGAAACUUAAAGUUAAAGUUUGUCCCCACGCGGGAGGAGUUGGUUUGUGCGAAAUGGUACAACACCUACAGUUGUGGGACUACGCGAGCGUGUCCGCUACUAUGGAGGGGCGACUCAUCGAAUACGUGGACCAGCAGCAUGAACACUUCUACGACCCGUGUGUGGUGGAGAACGCUAGAUAUAUGGCUCCUAAGUUGCCAGGCUACAGUACGCAAAUGUUCCCGGAAACAUUACAAAGGUUCUCGUAUCCAAAAGGAACCGAAUGGCAGCGUAUGUUCAAGGACGGAACAUUCCCAGAGCCCGAUGAAGCUGAACUUGUGAAUGUUUAAUAUAAAAUUUAAAAAAAAAUAUAUAUAUGUAAACAGCGACAUUUUUUUUUAAAUCAGGUUAAUUUUUUUAUAGCUUGCGCUUGAAAGUCAAAGUUUGAGCGCACUUUUAUAGAAGAUGCCUAUUAAACUAAGUAACUUUAAGUUAGAUUAAAAUUAGAAAAAUUAUAUGUAUCAAAAAUUACAAAACCAACGGAAUUCAAACCCUUCCCUAAUGACCGCCUAAGUUUUAAGUCAACUCUAAAGAAUAAAUUUAUUUUUACUUUCCUGUAAAAUUAAAAUCAUGCAUGCGUUAGUUAAAAAAAAACUACAUUUGUUUGAAAAAUUGUAUUUGUCAAUAUUUAUAUAAUUGUUCAAAAAUAUCUCAAUUUCUUAUUUAGUAAUACUUAAAUUACAAUCUGUCCUGCAGUCAAUUACAAAAUACCGUAAAUAUAAUAUACAUACAUACAAUGAAUCUUUAUCAAUAAAAUAAAUACAUUGAAUUAUUUAUUCUAUUCACAGUAAAAUAUUAAUGAACUACAAUUUAACACGAAAAUAUAUGUUUUCAAUGAGGGUAAUAUUGUUUUUUUAUUUCACAGACAAACAAUCAAUUGUUUAUAAACACUGAGUACAGAAACAAAAUUGUAUUGUAUGUU